AUGAGCCACUGCCCGAAGCACCACCGUCGAAAUCGCGUAAUUGACGACCCCUGUGAAAUGCGACCCGAGUUCUACAAGAAGGAUCUUAGCAAGAAGAACGAGCCGAUCAUCCUCGACACAGUGCAGUCCGCCUGCCAGAUCUACGACGACCUCGUCGAUCUGAGCUCGGCUAUCAAGCAAACCUUGGAUGAAACCUUUGGACCCACAUGGCAUGUCAUAGUCGGGCCCAACUUUGCCAGUCACAUCAUGCACGAAAAGAAGGCGUUCGCGCACGUCAAAUGCAACAACCUCUCGUUUCUCAUCUACAAAUACGGCUAG